CAUCCCGUGGCAGCGACGCGAGAUACUCCACUGGUUGCGUUCCCGUUUCUCUCUCGCAACCAGUGGAUUCAAAUUUUGUUUUUGUUUAUAAAACUUUUGCGGAACUCCGUUUUGUGCUCGUCUUCCAGGGACUACGAAACCACCGCCACUUGUUCGAAGGGACAGGAUAUGUAACCGUCGGUUGCUUCUCUGGUCUGUGAAUCCACGACUGACGUCUGAUUCAAGUAAAACACAACAAAAGUAUGGAUGUGCCGUCCCGUUGCUGGAAUCGAGGAGGUCAGAGCGGAGAUGUUCCUUUGUUGAUCUGGGCCGAAUGAACGACAGAGUACGUCGUGAGCGAAACAAAAUGUCUCCGUGUGUGCUACGAUGUGCCUGCAGUGCCGUCUCGCCGUUGGAGUCGCUUAUAAUUCGUCUACGUCCCAAAUCGCCCCCAUAGGCGACUGUUGACGCCGAGAGUCGUGACAAACUACGUUCGGAUCGGAGAUCAAGUUUUUGGGCUUCAGGAGUAGGACAUGGUGCUGCGCUCCUGAAAUACUCAUUCGUGCAGUGAUAUUCUCGCGCAAACUGUUUCACCUUGUGCAAAGUGUUCAUAGUUAUGGACGUUGUUUUCACAACUUUUCUUCGAUGGGCUAAAACGUCGUCACCUGCAACAGAAUCCACAUUCUCGCGCCGUCGAAGGAUGGAUAAAGUGCGUGCGUGACAGACGUCGGCGUUAACAUCGGCCUAUAUGAUGCGUGGGGACGUCUUGCCCCCCAAAAGACAGGCAGUGGUGGAUCGCCUUCGAAGGAGGAUUGAACUUUACCGCAGGCACCACAACGCAACGCUACCUCGCUAUGAGGCGGCAGCGAACGCUAUUUACGAAGAGCAGCAUCAGGACACUCUGAUGCUGAAGCAGAGGUACUUAGAGUCAAAAACGAAGAAAGCAAAAAAGAACGAGCACAAGACAGUUAAAGACAACAGCAGCAAUGCAGGGUCUUCAAAUGCAGCGGAUGCACAAAAGAACUUGCUCGGGAAGUUCAACAAGCCAACGCCAUCAGAAAACAUGGAACCGCCCUUGGAGUCCAGCACUGGAGAUGUUGGACAUCUUGACAAGGACCAGCGCUCUUGCAAGGCCUCUCGCAGCUGCACCAGCACACCGGAGCAGCAGCAGCAGCUCCAGGAAUCUGGAAACAUGCAAUCACAACAGCUCCAGAGCAUUCCCAGCUUUGACUGCAUCAAAUCCGGAAUGUUACAGCCUGGAAAGCAGACGCGACACUCAAGUUCUACUCCAAAGUCACCGGCAAAUAUCAGCAUGGGCAAUAUCAAGCUCGAAAAUGACGUCGACGCCACCUUGUGUGGGGGAAACACCAACGGAGUACCCGGCUCGCGGUCGCAAGACUGUGGUGUGAGCAGCAAGCAGGCUGAAACCACAUCAUCUACUGGUGAACAGUUUCCCGACUCGUUUCCUAACCUCGGAUUUCCGGAAGACACGUCGGAAGUGUGGGUCGACAAUCCAGAAAUCCUGCGUCACCUUAUAGACGACAUCACAAAUCCGUCGGACUUGAUGACCGACUUCAACUUUAGUUACGGUGUUGAGACUUUGAAAGAGGGCUCGAACGAAAAAGACAGGAAUGGUGCAAUAAUGGGGCAGGGCGAAAAGAAAAGCCAGGAGGUGUCGCAGUCUUUCGGACAGAGCAAUCCAUUUCCGAGCCACAGCCAGACGUCAGGAUCCGGCUUCGAGUCUCGGAUACCCAACCCGGUGGAUGUGAUGACGCGAACGACGGGAGGCCUCUCCCCAAAUUUUCCCGGAAAUAUGCAGUCCCCCGGACAGUACCCGUCGCCGGACCUCAGCGGGCUCGAAUUCAAGCUGUCGGAACCGAGUCUCGCAGCGCAGACGUUGAAGCAGAUGGCGGAACAACAUCAGCAGCACAAAAACUCUCGAGCGAAGCACACAAUGAGCAUGCCGCCGCUGAAGCGAAGUUUUGCCGACACUUACGAAACCAACGUCGGGCCGAUGCGGGCCAGCGUUUUUGACCCGGCGUCGAACCAGAUGCCGAAACCGCUGUCAACGUCGUCGGUGACGUACAACAGCAUGAAUUAUGCCACCCAGUCGGCGAUUCAGUCACCAUUCCACAUUGAUUCAAGUUCAAAACAACCCAUGAACAUGAUGGGUACUCAAGGGUUCAACAAGCUGGAGGCUAACAUGUACGGGGCCGGAAGGGAGCAGCAGCAGCAGCAGUGCCAAACAAAGAAACCCCUGAUGCGGAUGCCAUCUACGGAGCUGCAGGUGGUGUGUGCAACGAAGAUGGGGCCGUACUCGAGUAGUGCUGAGGAAAAGGCUGCGUUCUUCAGCAACUUCAAAGCCAGCCUGGCACAGUUCAACGAGACAUCAGCGUCGCCACCUCUGACGAAGAGUCCGUCACAGUUCAACAAACGGAUGACUCCAUCCCCGUUGAGUCAGCAAGGACAGAUGAUGGUGGGUCAUCGUCAAGUACAGGGCAACCAGAACUCGCUGAGGCCACAAAAAGAUCACAAGGAAAUCGCCCCUCUCAACAUCUCGUCGAACCCGUCGUACGCGGAGGCGCUCGCAUUUUCGAGCACAGUCCACACUCCGGCCACUUCCCAUUUCCAACACCACUCCAUGCAGCAUAAAGCUCAGCAAUCCAAAACCGUAAGCUUUCCUUACAACGAGCUGCAGCCCCGUCCCGUCACAUCGACGGCGCUGAUGUCCGACGCUCAGCAGCACCCGCGGAACGCGCAGAACAGACCGCCCAUGACCAUCACGAGCCAGCCGUUCCAGAACUUCGCAAAAAUCAAUGUCGGACCGGUCCAGCGACAUCCACGUAACAUCAUGCAUUCCAUCAGCCCCGCGGGCAUGCAGCAGACGCAACAGCCAUUCGUUAGUCAAGCUCACGUCUCCUCGUCGACAAAGGGCAACAUUGUAUCAUUCGUAUCUCAGCCAUCACCUACAGGACAGUUUGCCACAAACCAGACCAACUUCAGCCUGCCCAACAUCGCCACCAUCCGCAGCAGCAUGUUGCACGCGACAAGCGCGUCUGCCAUGUCGCACGGCAACCAGAUGUUCCCCCAACACAAACUGCUCUACACAAGUGCCGCUCCGCGACCCCAGCGACUGCCCGUCAACGUGGAGUGGCGGCAGACGACGGUGCAGCAGUCGUGCUACCAGCAGCAGCAGCGACCACAGGGUGCAAGGAUGAACCAGCAGUUUACGCAACAGCCGGUGCAGCGUGUUCAGGUUCCUCAACAGCGGGCACAGUUCCAAGCGUCCACUUUACAGUCCAUGUCCCAGCCAUUGCCGCAGCUGCAGAUUCCGCAGCGGACUGUCGUUCAGAGCGGCGGAACGUUCUCUCCGUCGCUCACGUCAAACAUAUCGGACUUCAGCCUCGAGUUUUUGGACAGCAUCGAAAACAGUGACUCGGACCUGCUCAACUUUGACCCAGUGAACUCAAACUUUGGCAUUCUCGAGGACGUGCUCGGGGGAAAGUAGGCAACGUCGUUGUAAAGUCGAAACGAGUUAUUUUUCUAUCUAGCAAUGCGCGAGAAGUGAUUGAUACUCAAAAAGGGGAGAGAGCUGCACAGCAGCAAUCAGUAAGUAGAAGAUAUCAGUAUUUAUAUGCAGCGCUCAAAGUGGGGCAGUAUAUUUUUUUUUAGAAAUACAUACGCGGAGAGCGACAUUUUUCGAGGCACCUCAUUACGAUGAUUAACGUACGUGUUGAUAGGAUCCCUUGACGGGAGUGCUAAGUGCCAAGGGGUGAUGCUGUGUUAUCCCUCCCUGUCCCGAAAGUGUCUCGAUAUCGAAAACAGUCGCUGAAAUUAAGCGAUGCGAUAUUUUAAAUGUGAUGCCAUGCAUGGUCACUUGCAUUAAUAUGUUCAACAAAAAAACAAAUGAUGUAUUAAAAGGCCCAUGCGCGGUUAAAGAAAAAAAGAUUACAUAAAUGAGAUUAGGUGGCCGAUUACUGCGGCUCGUACCACCACUCUGAGCGCUGCUUGUCGACAUUUACAGAUAUCGUUUGAACACCUCCACGUGCUUCCAAGCCUUUAUUUUCUUUACAUGUGAAUAGGAAACAAUAUGCCAUGGUUUGCAGUCGUUUUUACCACUUGUUUUGGGGGACCAUUCUUUCUUUGCAUUUAUAUUAGCAUCUUUUACACCUGUGAAUUAGAACAUCUAACUGCACUUUUUGCGUGCACAUUAUUUUUUUAAAUGCCCUUCAGUAGUGCACUUGUACAUAGUAUCAAUUACUUUUUGUAUUGAGUACCAGUACUUGUUCAUCCAUGUAAACGUAUAUACAGAAAGUGUUGCCAAAUUUUUGGACAUGAACCUUUUUGUACUAUGCAAUUUACAGAUAAAGGUAUAUAUAAACACUG